AUGACACUAUCCAUCGAUCCAAUCGUCCAAAAUGACGGCGGACCGUCUGGAGUAGUAGAAACCCGCUCCAACCUCAUCGGACGUAGGAGCGGGGCUGAAAACUCGCCGCUGCUUGUAUCAUACAACAAUCGCGAUCCCAACGAGACGUUCAACGCCCGCAACCACUCCAUCUAUGUCACGGCCAAGUAUCUAUCUGGCGUCGCCGUCAAGUGCUUGUGUCAAACCUGGCACGUCACGAAGGCGUCGCUCUGCAGCUCUAAACUCAAUCUCCUUCUGCCCAUGCUGCCCCUUUCUGGCGUCGCCAGAUCACUCCAUUGGGAGCCGACUGCCGUAUUCGCCAUCAACUUCCUUGCCAUCAUUCCUCUUGCCGCAGUUCUCUCGUUCGCGACCGAGCAAGUAUCGGUAAGGUGCGGUCAGGUGCUGGGCGCGUUACUCGACGCUACGUUCGGAAACGCGGUCGAAGUUGUCAUAGGUAUCGUUGCUCUAAGGAAGGGCCAUAUCGACGUUGUCCAGAUGUCCAUGCUUGGGUCUAUUCUCUACGAUUUGCUUUCGGUCACGGGGAUGUGCUUCUUUCUCGGAGGCAUCGUCAACAUGCGCCACCAAAUCACCGGCCAAGGUACCGAACAGACGUUUGCCACUGGAAGGGCGCAGAUAUUCUGCUCCCUCAUCGCUCUUUCCUUGACGUCUCUUCUGAUUCCUACAGUGCUCUCUGCUGUGUUGGGGAACGACGACAGUUUCGAGAAGGAGCGCAGCAUUCUAGUCCUAUCCCGCGGAACAGCUUUCAUUAUCCUGUCUCUUUACGUCCUCUAUUUGGUGUUCCAGCUGCGAACCCACCCUAGCUUGUUCGAACCCGAGACUGAGUCACCUGAUACAGGGAACCCCGUACUAAGCCCUACGUCCGCUGUCGCCGUGCUGGGCGUUACCACCGCUCUAGUGGCAUUUUGUGCCGACAACCUCGUGGAGAGCAUCGGGCCAGUCGUGGAGGCCGCCGUUCUCAGUAAGGCCUUCAUCGGGCUUAUUGUGGUUCCCUUCGUCGGCAACGUAGCCAAACACGCCAUGGCCGUUGUAAUGGCCACUCAAGACAAGAUGGACGUCGCCUUAGGCAUUGCCAUGGGGUCCAGCAUCCAGAUUGCGCUUGUCGUCACGCCUUUCUUGAUCAUCAUCGCAUGGGUCUUCGGUGAACCGAUGACUCUGCAAUUCGGACUCCUUCCAGCCAUCAUCUUCCUGUUUUCUGUGUUAGUGAUCGCGUACACUGUGCAGGACGGCAGGUCCAACUACUUAGAAGGCGCUAUGCUACUCGGUCUGUACCUUCUCAUCUCCAUAGCCCUCUAUGUUGGCCCUGCCACGUAG